AUGAAUAUGUUGAUGUUAUGAUAGAAUGGUGAACAUGAAGAUGAAUAUGCAAUGAGAUCAAAUUAGUCAACAUGAUAUACAUAAGUAUUCGAAAACGAGAAAUAAGCGAGUUACUACAGACUGAAAUAAGGGAGGUAACUUUAAAAAGGCUACUCUUCCUCAGUGCUGUCUCGCUUAUUUUGAUCAGUUACUUGCUUAUUUCCGUGUAUCGAAUAUGUCAAAGUCACAUUCUUAAUGUUGAGCGAACAACUACUACUACGCUUUUCUCUAACAUCCGGCACUUCUGCUGUUACGGAGGAUGUUGCGUUUACCAAUGCUUUAGCCGACACUAUUGAUAUGGAGCUAGAGGCUUAUGGAAGGCCUGCUCAGGCCGUUCUGGACGAAAUUAUGAGUUGGAAGAAGCCAGAAGACGAAAAUGUCGGAGCUGCAAGCGGAGUGGCCCCUAGUAAAGUUUUGGGCAAGAAGACCUCAACAUCUGGAUCUGUGAAGUCGGUGGAUAACAAGAAUGUUAAGGCUACCGCUGACGCAUGCCCUUCCAGUAUCAUUAUCACCCUUGGUAUGAAAAGAAAAUCUGUUAUCAUUAUCAAGUUUCGUAAGUAGAGAAGUACGAUAAUGAUAACAGAUUUUGGCUUCAUACUUGGUUCUUCUUUUUCUAACUGAAAAAGAGACCAAGGAUGCACUCAGAGAUGCUAAUGCGGUAGCUCUAAGAAUGGCAUGGAGGAGACUACUGCAAAGUCGCCAAACAAGGAGACGGCCACAAGUUCUCCUGCCGGUGCCGAUAAACAGACGAGUCCAGCAGGAAGCAGUGGUAGUCAGAAAAAGAGUAAUAACGCAGAUGAUGAAGGACAACAUCAAGAACAAGGAUCUGGCACAUCAGCUUCAUCCCCCAAAGACAAAGUAGAGAAACAAACAAAACCUGCAUCCGCAAGCUCACCUACAAGUACAACAAUCUCUCUACAACAACCGGGCAACAACAACAACAGUGCUACACAGGUCAGCGGGAGUCCUGACAUCGAUCCCUGUAGGCCCUGUGCUAUCUACAUUCGGAUUUUGAAGCGCAAAGCCAAAGAAUGGGCGAGGAGGGUGCGUGAGAACGUUCUGCUACUGCCGGACGUGCAUUUGGCCUCAAUCAUGAAAGAGAUGGAUCAUCACGGUAGUGAGUAUUCGUCGAGUGGGUAUUCCUCAGUUAUGACCAGUUUUUAUCCCACCACAAUGAAGUAUCUCUUCGGUAUGAUACCUUUUGUUUGGGAAUUUUCCCAUAUUAUACUUGUAACAACAAGGUAUUAGUAUUUUACGGGUAGGUUAAAGGUGCUUUUGUUACCGUUUUUGAUGGCUCUCCUAAGGGGGACAGCCAUAACAAGCGGGAUAAACGAACACCAAGAGGAGCCUACCUCUGGGCAUUUAUUCUCUUUAGUAUAAGGGAACACCAAAUAGAGGGGGCACCGAGAUGAGGCUACCGAGAUGUCAGCAGGGAAGUAAAAGCGCACUCUUCUAAUUCAGGUUACAACCAAAGACACCACGUGGAGCACCAUUGCGUACCGGACUCCUCAUUGUUGCAGCAGAUCAACCGCGCUGCAGGUAUCUCCUCCAAGGCUUCCGUCAGCAGUGAAACUUCCAAUACGUCAAGUGCCAUACAUUCAAGUGCCAAACAUGCUAAAGUUAAGGCUCCUUAAUAACUUACAGUUCGUUCAUCUUAAGAAGCAUCUCUAGCCCCUUAUUUACUUGUAGUUUAAACAGGAAAACACGUAAAAUUAGAUGACUCGUCUACUUAAGAUGAACAUCAUCUUAGUAACAAGGUCUAAUAA